UUAUUUUACACCGCAGGAACAAAGUGGUGCGGCUCAGGCAACAUCGCCGAGCAUGCGGAUGACAGGGGGCGCUUCGAUGACACGGACUCGUGCUGCCACCAACAUGAUCAGUGUCGGUUGACGCUUUCAGGCGGAGAGGUGCUGCACGGCAUACGGAAUCCGAAGUCGUAUACAGUGUAA